GCCGCGCUCAGCGGUGGCGGUGGCGGCGACAGGCCGGGCGAGGCAGCAGGUUAGCCCGGGCCGCCCUACUCUGCAGGCGUCUCGGAAGUGCAAGCUACGCCGCCCGAGCCCUGCGCCCGGGAAGCACUGGCCGGCCGGCCGCUCCUGAGGCUCGCUCCUCCAGGCGCUCGCAGGCAUGCAGCCCGGGAGCAGGCGGAGCGCCCCGGGUCGCUACUGAGUCCGCUGAGCUGCGGGGACCAGCGCCAGCCGGGCCCCUCCCACCUCACCCAGGGGCCCACGAGCGGCCGCCCUACACCUAGUCUUCGCGCGCAGCCCCGCCAGCGCCAACCCCCCGCGGGCUGGAGGGGCUCAUGCAGCCGCCAAGGGAGAGGCUAGUGGUAACAGGCCGAGCUGGAUGGAUGGGUAUGGGGAGAGGGGCAGGACGUUCAGCCCUGGGAUUGUGGCCGACCCUCGCCUUCCUUCUCUGCAGCUUCCCCGCAGCCAUCUCCCCCUGCAAGAUCCUCAAGUGCAACUCUGAGUUCUGGAGCGCCACGUCAUCAGGCAGCCACGCCCCUGCCUCCGACGACGUGCCGGAGUUCUGUGCAGCCCUGCGCACCUACGCCCUGUGCACCCGGCGGACAGCCCGCACCUGCCGGGGCGACCUGGCUUACCACUCAGCUGUCCAUGGCAUAGAGGACCUUAUGAGCCAGCACAACUGCUCCAAGGACGGCCCCACCUCACAGCCGCGAGUGCGCACGCUCCCGCCAGCUGGGGACAGCCAGGAGCGCUCGGAUAGCCCCGAGAUCUGCCACUAUGAGAAGAGUUUCCACAAGCACUCAGCUGCCCCCAACUACACUCACUGCGGCCUCUUUGGGGACCCACACCUCAGGACUUUCACAGACCACUUCCAGACAUGCAAGGUGCAAGGCGCCUGGCCUCUCAUCGACAAUAAUUACCUGAACGUGCAAGUCACCAAUACACCUGUGCUGCCGGGCUCCGCAGCUACCGCCACCAGCAAGCUCACCAUCAUCUUCAAGAACUUCCAAGAGUGUGUGGACCAGAAAGUCUACCAAGCUGAGAUGGACGAACUUCCGUCUGCCUUUGCGGACGGCUCCAAAAAUGGGGGAGAUAAACACGGGGCCAACAGCCUGAAGAUCACAGAGAAGGUGUCGGGCCAGCACGUGGAGAUCCAGGCCAAGUACAUCGGCACCACCAUCGUGGUGCGACAGGUGGGCCGCUACCUGACCUUUGCCGUCCGGAUGCCUGAGGAGGUAGUCAACGCCGUGGAGGACCGCGACAGCCAAGGCCUCUACCUCUGCCUGCGGGGCUGCCCGCUCAACCAGCAGAUCGACUUCCAGGCUUUCCGUGCCAACGCUGAAAGCCCUCGCAGGCCAGCAGCUGCCAGUCCCUCUCCCGUGGUCCCCGAGACCUUCCCCUAUGAGACAGCCGUGGCCAAGUGCAAGGAAAAGCUGCCCGUAGAAGACCUGUACUACCAGGCCUGUGUCUUCGACCUCCUCACGACUGGUGAUGUGAACUUCACGCUGGCUGCCUACUAUGCUUUGGAGGAUGGCAAGAUGCUCCACUCCAACAAGGACAAGCUGCAUCUGUUUGAAAGGACUCGGGAGCUGCCAGGAGCUGUGGCCGCCGCCGACGCCGCUGCCACCACAUUCCCCUUGGCCCCCCAGAUUCUCCUUGGCACCGUCCCACUUCUGGUCCUCCUGCCUGUGUUGUGGUAGACAGUUGGCCAUGUAGGAUACAGAGGAGGGUAUGGACUGCCCUGAGCCUUGGGCUCCUGCCCCUGGCUUCUCCUUUUGUCUGAGGGCUCAAGUCAGCCUCAGGAUGCAGCCCAGCAGGUGGGCUGGCUCCCUGAGACCCAGUGUUCUCUGCAGACCCACCGUUCAGCAGAGGUGGCCUCCGCAGCUGAUGGCCUGAGCGUGGUGCCCUCAGAGCCAUCUGCAGAUGUUUUGGCCUGGGCGAAGGGCACGUGGGACAGCUCUCCCCUCUCGAUUAGUGCACGCGACAAGGUUGUGGUGAUUGAUGCUGUGUUUUUGUGACAGUAGAGUUGUGUGAGGAGGAGAGCAGCUCCCUCCACCCUGACCCCCACCGUGUGAAUGUGCGAACCAGAGCCCCCUAAGCUAAAGUCCACCCCGUCCCCUGCCCCCGCCCCCGUCACCCGAGAGACACUGGGAAAGUCGGCUCCUUCCACACCCUCACAAUGCACUGAGACAGGCCCGGCUGACUGCUGCACACCUACUCUGGGGCCUCUGUGCCCUCCCACACACGCGCGCACACUGUUACACAAGCACACUCGCACACACUAAGCCCAUGGGGACACCGAAAGACCCCCACAUCAGGAAGGCAGAAGCAUUUCCAAGAUUCUAUCCCCAGGCAGGUACUCCUUAGCAGUAUGACUAAGGGCAUACCCGAGGGCCCUGCUCAGCAUCUUUAGCAAAUGGUUGUAACCUUGUAGCCAGGAGGCUGUGCCCUCCUGGUCCCUUCCUACCCAGUGCUACGCAGGGACUGUCCCGUGCAUCCAGCUACUGCGGAUUUGUCAGAGGUGCUGCAUCCAGGCACCUGCCUGCAAAGCCCCACAGUUGAAGGGAGGCUGUGUUUUGGCCUGAGGUCUAAGCGGUACCAUUCAUGGGCUCAGAUCCCCAUCUCUGUUCUGGCUCCACCCUCUGCCCCUCUCCCAUUGCACUUAAGAAGUGCUUUCGUUCUGAAUGUUUCAACAGAGAUGUGAUCCUCUGGUUCCUGCCAUCACCAUCCCUACCCCCACCCCUCACCCCUGUCCCUGCCAGCAGACAUGAGUCCCCACCAGAGAGGGGCUAGGGUCUCAGGGCAUGAGCGGCAGACCCAGUGGAUAGGGCCAGCUGGCCUGCCCUGUCCUCUGCCCUUUCACUUGCCUCCUAGACUUCCCCUGCUGCUGGUCAGCAGCUCCACCCCCCAGCCCUCUUGUCUGCAUUUCUUUGUGGGAAUUGAGGGGAGCACCGUCUAAGAGGCCUUCCUGCACCAUGUACCCUGGCAGGCUCUCCUCCCACUAGAACCUUCUUUCAACUCUCUGGCCUGUCACUGGGAGCCUAGCGUUCUUUCCUUCAGCUCAAGGCUAGAGUCCAUCCACAGAGCCCAGAGCCAUUCCCAUCUCUUCUGCUGUUUCAGAGGCCCCCCCAAGGAACCAACACAGCGGUACUGCCAGCCCCCCUGGGCCACCCAGCCAGCGGCCCUGCAGAGCCUACCCCAGCCCCGCCCCCCAGGGACCUCUCAUACACUGGCCGGAGGCUGCAGAACCUGCCUCUCCCUCCCAGAGGUCCAAACCCCUGCCAAAACCACGUGGGUAGCUGGGAGGGGUCAGCUCCGCCUGCCCCCUGCUGGUUUUUAGCUAUCCCUAUGUUGGAAGUAAAAGAGUUGAAGCACUUUAUUUUGGUUGUGUUUGAUCACGUUCUGCUUGGAAGUGGGGACCCCUCACUGAGUCCACCUGUCUGCGACCUGUGUGGAGCGCCACUGCGUGUACAUACUGUAAAUUAUUUAUUAACGGCUAAAUGCAAGUAAAGUUGGUUUUGUUUUGUUAUUUUUCUUUUA